AUGGCGCCAAUUCCUCUCCCACGAAGAGGUGUCCGAACGGCCCUCAUCAUCGGCGUCCUCCUCUGGCUCGGCUACUCGCUCCUCAAGCGCUUCACCGCCGUGGUGGAGCUGGACGAGGCGGGUCAGGCCCAGCUUCAGCGCGCGCUCUUACGGGGAGCGAAGCGGACGGCGGCGGCACCUGCGGCAAAGACCAAGGCGAACGGCUUUGAUCCAGCAUUAGCUUUGGGCGAGAAGCAAAAGAAGAAGGUCACUGCGCCUGUCGCGGCGGUCGCUCCGCCCAAAGCUGCCGCAGGGAAGAAGGGAAAGAAGGAUGCUCUGCCCGCGCACAAGUAUCUCGAUAAUGGGUUGCUGGUAGUGAAUCCCAAGGGACAGCAUCCGAUCUAUGAUCUGCUGGAGAAGGGAAAGGAGGUGUGGGACGGCAAGUUGGAGAGAGCGAGCAAGACGCUAGGGCAGGCGGUGGACGAGUAUAGGAGGAGGUAUGACCGAGCGCCGCCUAAGGGCUUUGAUCGAUGGUGGGCGUAUGCGCAGAAACACAACGUGCAGCUACCAGACGAGUACGACCAGAUAAACAAAGACCUGACCCCCUUCCACGCCCUCACCCCCUCCCAGAUCCAGACACUCGUCCGCACCGCCUCCUCCAAAUCAGGCAUGUACACCAUCUCCUGCCCCGGCGCCGAAUCGAGGCUCCCAUCAGAGAAGCGCGAGUGCACCUUCAAAGUCAACACCGAAGGCCUGAACGCGGAGGGGAAGAAGGUAGCCAACAUGCGGGUCGAGGCGCAGAUGGGGCUCUUGCGUGAUGUCGCGGCGGAAUUGGAGGAGGUACAGGCGGUGUUUUAUAGUCAUGAUGUGCCGUGGCAGUUUGUGGGGCACGAAUACGUGAGUCGGACCUGCGGAGGUACCCGCGUUAGAGGUGCUGACCACCAGCUUGACUGGGCACAUCUCGGCUGGGCAUCCGCAUGCGCACCACAUAAACCGCUCCGAAAAUCAUACGACGUGAAAGUUUUACCCUCGCUCCAGAAUAUAUGGGACGAACGGGCCAAGACGUUCAUCUGGGACCAUAAAGCCGCCAUGGACCCAUGUACCCACCCCACCAUGACACACCUGCAAGGGUUCUUGUCUGGACAUGGAAAGGGGCCUGGGCCGAGCAAGGAGCUGUAUCCCGUCAUGGCUAUGUGCAAGACUACCUUACAUUCGGAUGUCCUAGCGGUAUCGAUGGAGAAUUGGACGGAAGAUGUCGGGGUUGAUCCACCAUGGGAGGAGAAGAAGGACGACAGGCUACUUUGGCGAGGCAAGAAUACCGGGAUCUUCUACAAGAAGGGUGUUCCAUGGGAAAUAUCACAACGAAUCAAUCUAGUCUCCCGGACAGAUCUGCAAAAAGGCACACUCCCGGUCCUCCCCCUCACACCCCUCCACAAGCCCGUCGGCGCGCCCAAAAACACCCCUAUCUCGGAUCUGAACAAGGAGUUGAUGGAUGUCGCAUUUGUGGAUCAGCCCAUCCAGUGCGAGCCGGCCGAGUGCGCGCGGGUCAAGGAGGAGUAUAGAUUCGGGGCGAGAGUCAAUUGGGCACAGGGAAAUCAGUACAAGUAUAUGCUUGAUAUCGAUGGGAAUGGGUGGUCGGCGAGGUUCAAGCGGCUCAUGACGACCAACUCUGUCAUUCUGAAGUCGACCAUCUUUCCGGAAUGGUAUACCGACCGAGUCCAGCCAUGGGUACACUACGUACCGAUAAAAUCGGACCUGUCGGACUUGUACGACGUCCUCACGUUCUUCAGAGCAGGCCACGACAAUCUCGCCAAGAAGAUAGCGAUGGAGGGGAAGAAGUGGAGCAAGACGUUCUGGCGGAAGGAGGAUAUGAUCAGUUAUCAGUUCAGGCUGUUCUUGGAGCUGUCGAGGCUGAUGGCGAGCGAUAGAGAAGCCGCGAGCUACAGGGUGAAGGGUAGCGAUCUGGACUGA